AGGAUUCAGGACUCCGACUCAGAAGCCAAGGAGAAGCCAGGGAGGUGGAAAACAUCCUCGCUUUGAAAAGCCACAUCUCAAUGGAAGAACUGCGUGAGACAAGGAGCCUGAAGGAUAUGAGUUGGCCGAAGGGCGAGGAGAGACACAAAAGGCACAGCAGGUAAGAGCUGGGGGUCGUGGCCAAGAAGGAACUGUCCCAGGUGGCGCAGCGAAAUGGAUCUUGGACUUGGAGGCCUGUCUCUACGCGUCUUCCGGGCCUGGUCAGGCUGUCUCCUUCCAUCAGCUUCGAGAGGAGGGACGUCGCCACAGCCUUCCCAAUCGGAGCGACUAAUCCUGUUACCAGUUUGGUCCUAAAUAUUAAGGUCCCCCGUCCCUUUGUGGUUGCCGUCGCAUCAGAUUCAGGGCUGUUAGGCAGCCGAUCCGCAGUCUCGCCUCCGCCUGCGAGAAACCGAUGAGACACAGGACCGAGAGGACUCCAUGGCGGCGUAUCGGGAGAGCUGCGUGGACACCACGGUGCUGGACUUCGUCGCAGACCUGUCCCUCGCCUCCCCGGGGCACCCCCUCCUCUGCGACUUGGCUCCCGGGCUCCCCUUCGGGGACCGAGGCCUGGCGCUCCAGGAGGGACGACCCAUGGGCCUGGCGCCGUUCGAGGAGGAGGAUCCAGACGAAGAGGAAGGUGAAGGAGACGAGGGGGAGGAGGAGGAAGAGGAGCCCGGGAGGGGCGCCUCCCUGCUGGGCCGCCCGAAGAGGAAGCGGGUGAUCACCUAUGCCCAGCGCCAGGCCGCCAACAUCCGCGAGAGGAAGCGCAUGUUCAACCUCAACGAGGCUUUCGACCGGCUGCGGAGGAAGGUGCCCACUUUUGCCUACGAGAAGAGGCUGUCCCGGAUCGAGACCCUCCGCCUGGCCAUCGUCUACAUCUCCUUCAUGACGGAGCUCCUGGAGAGCUGCAAGAAGAAGGAAACCCGCUGAGCCGCUCGGGGUGGGCUCGCCCGCCCCGCCUCGCCCGGGCGUGUUGGAGCGCAAGGUCUUUGGGGACGUGGCGGCGGGUGCAGCGGAAAGGCCUGGAGGGACGCUUCGAGGCCCAACGUCUGACCUUCUGAGCUCGGCUCGGGAGUGUGACCUCCCCA